AGACAAAGCGAUUAACACCGUCGAGUUGCAUGAGUUCGCUGCGAUUUCCUGAUCAAUCCACAGUAUUUAUUUGCGCAAAUUGAUACAAUCUGUUAAACCCCCCMAAGGAAAUUAAAGGAUCCAAAGUAUCUUCCAAUUGACCAAUCACAGCCCCAAAUUGCAGCUUUUCGAACGAUAAAAGCAGGCCCAGCAGUCGCUCGGGCGCCAUUCUAUCCCAAUGAGUUGCACUUGCUAUUUUAAUUGAACGCAAGCCACUAAACUAUAUAUACACAUACAUAAAUACUUCCACAGAGAGGAUUUGGAGGAACACAAGCCUCAGUAGCUAGUCCGCUAUGGAGCUCCGAGAAGUUACAGCACUGAUCCUCCUUAUGUCUUUUAUUACAAUGAUUACUUCUUCAAAAGAACCACCAUAUCUCCUCCAACACCGUAAAAUGAGAGGCUCCUUCAUAGCAUGGCCGGCGUUGCACAGCAUCAAAUUAAGAUGUAAAGCUAACGGUUCAGCACCAUURCAGUUUCGCUGGCUAAAAGACGGGAAGCCCAUCGUGAAUCGAAGACUGCAGCCAUUGUUAAAGACCGACCAAUGGUUCCUCCGUAUACGGGAUCUCGUACCAUCCGAUACAGGAGAUUAUACUUGCAUCGUAUGGAAUCCGUAUGGRAAAGUGAACCACACCUAYACGCUACACGUUGUUUCAAAAGCAAGAUCUCGUCCAAUCCUAAACUGCGGUUACCCAAAGAACACAACCACUUUAAGGCACAGUAAUGUAAGACUUAAAUGCGUCGUGGCUCUAAGCGGUAGUCUACCUGACUUUAGAUGGAUCCACUGGAAAACAGCUCCCCUAAACCUUGAAAAGCCACUGGAUCUCAAGAAUGGACACUUCACAGUYAUYGAYCCCAUUCAUUAUUCUACGAUAGACAUAGGAAACAAGGGACAACAUGGCGUAGUGCUGAACUUAAAAAACGUCACCAAUAAAGACUUUGGUUUGUACACGUGUAUUGCCAGUAACCACUUAGGGAGGGACUACAGGAGUGCGUAUUUGAUCAAGAAGGAACGCAAGAGGCACAAUGUCGCAACUGUCACUCCCAAAGAUAUCAAAACCACAACAGAAACGGCAAUAAGACACAAAACAACAGACCGACCAUCAAAAGGUGCCGGAGCCGAGGCCAACAACGUCAAAUUGUCUAGCAGUUCAUCCAACGAAUCCCCAGAACCUCAAGUUCCUCUGAGUACSUUUAUUGGCACAGUAGCUGGAGUUGUGUUUCUCCUGGCAGCAUUUACAUUAUGGUUUCAUUACCAUCACAAGAGAAAGGAAAUUAUAAAUGAGGCUGUUUUGAUUGAAACCGCAGUAAUCCCACCGGAGAUCGAGAUGCUGUUCAUUGAGACAAAAUGGACGUUCAUGAUACUGAUAGUGAUAAGUGUGACUGCAUCUGAUGCUGCAAAACGACAGAGACAAGGAACGAAGAAAUUACAGUUCGUCGACUGGCYCAAAAUGCAGAGAAGUUUCAUCGCUUGGCCAGCGUCACAUUCUAUUCGCUUGCGUUGUCAAGCAACAGGAGCAAAGCCAAUMAAAUACCGCUGGCUUAAAGAUGGCAAAAAGAUGAAACYAAGGAGACUGGACCCUUAUAUGAAUGAUACUUUAUGGUAUUUMAAAUUAAAAGAUCUCAUACCAAGCGAUAMUGGMARAUAYACCUGYAUUGUAUCGAACAAGUAUGGGUCUAUCAACCACACCUACACCCUCCACGUUGUUGCAAAGCCCCGAUCACCACCAAUUUUAAAUCCACACCUUCCCAGAAACACCAGCGUCCAACUAGGAAAACAAGCAGUGAUGCGGUGCAUCGUUGUGGUCAGCGGAACUCAACCUGAUUUUAGAUGGCUUAAAUGGCAUAAAAUUCCAAAGUCGUACAAAAAAGUGAAUCUCAGCCAACACGAGUCAUUGUUUACCCUGAUUAGCCCGAUUCAGUACAAGACAAUUAAGCACGGAGAGCAUUUUGGAGUUGAGUUGACUAUUGCCAAAGUGACGAAAAAGGAUUUNGGAAUGUACACUUGUUGUGCCAGUAAUCAUAUUGGCAUGAGGUGUAACAGUGCAUUCUUGGACGAAAUUAAUCCUUCAUCGCCUCCAAUUUUAAAGCCAAACCUUCCCAGAAACACUAGCGUCCAACUCGGCCAAGAUGCUGUAAUGCGAUGCAUCGUUAUAGAGAAAGGAACUCAACCCGUCUUCAAAUGGCACAAAUGGCAUAAAAUUCCAAAGUYUUACAAGAAUAAGCCUCUUGAUGAAUACAAUAAGGCUACUGCCCUGAUUAAACCGAUUCAUUACAAGACAAUUAAGGCUGGAGAACAUCUUGGCGUGAAGUUGACUGUUGCCAAUGUGACGAAAAAGGAUUUGGGAAUGUACACUUGUUGUGCCAGUAAUCACAUUGGCAUGAGGUGUAACAGUGCAUUUUUGAUUGAAAAUGUUAUUCCAACCACACAAAGAGAUCCUAAAUAUGAUAAAGAUAUCCAACGAGACUGCGCAUGUAGAGUUUUCACCAGCACGAUGAUCAUAAUCGAAGUUCUAGGUGGAGUUUUGCUGUUUUUUCUUGGUGGAAUGACCGUGUACAUCUUCAUCAACUUUAAAAGCGGCAUGUGCACGUUCAAGAAAUAACUGAAACGUAUUCAUUCCUGUAGCUUCAAACAUAUAGCAGUGCAUGCAUGAGCACAAGAACGAUAGAGAAAAGUGUCAAUGAUAUAUAUACAGUUGACCUUGAAGAGGCUGUUCACCUACCUAAGGAGAUUUCCAAUGUUCCAGUUGUCACGUGUCUAGACAUACAUUCAGUUUCUGCACGUGGRACGCUCUCCAAUGUCAAAAUAAAAUUCUAAAAAUGACUUGUUAUUUCUCUACGAAUUAGAAAGUGAUUAUUUUCAUAAGUCACGUGUCAAUUGGAACAUUGGAAAUGUUAUAAGGAAGACGACCUUUCAACAUCGUCGUUGCGGCUGAAUCUCUUUAAUAUCAAGAUAUUUAGGCUGGAAAAGAUUUCUAAUUUAAAGAUUAACAGCUGAUGAAAUACCAGCAUGUUAUCCUGCGCUUUUCUCUGAAGCAUUUUGAGAGGCAACAGCGGCUUAUGUGUAGCAACCGGUGAAAGUGCACAAACCUUUUGUCACGUCAAUAGAAAAUUGCGCACAGGUAAAAAGCUUCGCAAGUUGACCACCGGUCGCCUUGUUUAGAUGCGAGGCAUGGCUACAGUAAAACCCCGCAYAUWAGAACACCUUUUUCRGCGGUUCAGACUGAUYUGGUUCUUAUAUAAAGGGUUAUAAUCURCAAAAACAGCCUGUAAGUGUUGUUAAGUGUUCUUAAAAAAGUUUCUUAAAAUAAGGAAUAUACUAAGCYACCAAUAGAUGAAAUUAAURUAACAGCACAUAUUUUCAUUUUGUUUACAUAUAAUUUGUUACAUAUAAUUGGGGUGGAACUAUUAUGURYGCAAUGAAAAGUAAUUGUUGAUCUUUGAUGCUUUUCCAUAUAAGAACAACUUUCAUUUUUCAGGCUGAAUGUGUUCUUAUAUGAAUGGUACUUUAUUUCCUAAAAUCAGACCUGGGUGUUCUCAAUCCACGUGUUCUUAUUCGCAGGUUUUUACUGUACUWUUCGAAAUAGCGCAAUGAACCGCGAAAGGAGACUUUUAACCGUUUCCACACACRAGACGAGAUUCUUGUCUAAGAUGGAAACCCAUGGAAUACCUUAUCMAAAUCAUUAUCUUCCAAAGCAUGUAAAAUGGGAAGCUUUACUUUUCUGAGCUAGUGAAGAAGGCAAUUUCAUGCUUGGGUACUUAUUAUUAUGAUUUCUGAGGCCUAUCCAACAUGGCUGAGUAUAGUUUAUUUCUCAUUAAAAAGUAUGCACCAUU